UAAUAACAUAUUAAAAAUGUCAACCACGUUCACGGCAACUGAUGAACCUUUGGAAUUGGAUGCUGAGCAAACAGCAGAUGUCGUGUUCAAAGUACUCAUCUAUGUUGUGGGAGUAUUAGGAAAUCUUCUAGUUAUUUUUGUGAUUUUGUUCCUGAGUGAAUACAAAAAAAUAACUCAUUGGUAUGUUUUGCAGAUGGCCUUUGCUGAUUUGAUAUUUCUUCAAGUCCUUCCGUUCAGAUUGUCAGAAAUAUUUAACAAACGAUGGAUUCAUGCAGUGUGGUUAUGUAAAGCGCAACAAACAGUUGUAUUUUUUACAUACUAUGCAUCUAUCUUGUUUCUUAUGAUAAUGGCCAUUGACAGAUAUUUAGCUGUUUGCCAUCCAUUGGCGAAUAAGAUACAAAGCAUUCGCACAAGCAGAAAUUCCUACAUCGUGGCACUGGUGACUUGGAUCAUUUCUUUGGCUCUAAGCAUUCCUGUCAUGCUUUACAGUGGCACAGUUGGGAUAUCGCCAACAUGUAUAUGCUCGUUAGUUUUUCCAAAGGAUCCGUACGUAUGGUGUCAUAACAACGGUUUUGACAAGACAGAAUCCGCACUGCAGGACUGUAUUGAUGUAACUUUUCCAUCAAUUUAUGGUGAAACUUGUCAAGUAAAUGAAAGAGAAAGCGGAUCAUCUUCGGGUAUUCUGCCUACCAGCGGCCUAGAUGGCAUGAGUGGUUUCAGUGGAUUAGGUGGUCUGAUUCCAGACUUUUUGCCUGAAAGUGGAGCGGAGAUACCCCCUAGUGCGCCGUCAACUAGCAAUACUGGUCGUCAAAUAUCAGUUGGUUGCUAUUACGAUCCCGAGAGACCUGGAUGGAGCGUAUUUAUUUUCUUCAAUUUUAUCGUUAUGUUUGUCAUUCCACUACUGGUGAUUAUAGUAUGUUACGGACUGAUUGUACAUCGGCUAAUGGCGGCUAGUGUUGGGGUACACGACAAGAAAUCUCGAAAUUCCACUGACGAAGGAGCCAGCAAAGGAUUUAAGCCCACUAGAAGAAGAUCAUCUUCAGCAGCUGCGAGUCGAUCUUUCAAAGAAAAGGUUCGAGUGACAAUGCUUUGCGGGAUGCUUGCAUUCCUGUUUACAGUCUGCUGGUUGCCCUUCCACUCGGUACAUAUUGCAAAGAUCUUUGGGAUUGUUACGGAUGAUGAUAUGCUGUGUUCUCGAGCUGCUGCUGCAACAGUGAUGCUUGCCUACCUCAGUUCAGCCUCUAAUCCAUACAUGUAUAACUUUCUCGGAAGUUUCAAGAAAAGAAUGAAACAAAUUAAGAAUCAUAAGAGAAUGCAGUCAUUUCUCUCUGCUACCGGAUUUACUCGUACAAGUGGAGGAAAAAGUUCAGUUUCAACUGAUGCAUUGAAAAGCAGAAAAUCCAUCGUUUCCCAAGAUGCUAAAGAUGCUGGUAUUCCUGGAGAAAGAAUACCGCUACAAACUCUUGCAGAGAAGACCGAACCAAUAUAAUAUCAGUGUAUAUUAUAAAUAUUUUUUGUUUAUGUGACUUGUAAAUCGUUUUCAUUCAAUAAAAAAGUAUGAUCAUUUCUGACAAUAGAUUAGAUGAAUCCAUUCUUGAUUUAUUUACUAAUGUGAUUUUAAAAGAAUGGAAUAUUUUAUGGCGGAGCUAUAUCCACGCAAUUUAGCUCUAAAUGUGUGUGAAGUUAAAACUUCUGGAAUGCCCACCUAAUAUGGAAGCAAUAUAACUUAAAAUACCUAAAGCUUUGUAUCGAAAAAUGAUUCACUUAGUUGAUUGCUUAAACUUUCAUUCGCACUAAAAAGAAAUUUGGAUUGAUUCGUUCUUGCCCUAAUGUGAAGAUGCUUAUGUGAUUGGAUUGGAUUGAUUCGUUCUUGCCCUAAUGUGAAGAUGCUUAUGUGCUUAUAAAAAUACAGAUAGUAUCAUCCCUGCAUAUACCUUAUCAAAAAAAUAAGUGUAGUACAAAAAUAGAUAUUAUUACAACGUUUGGAUCAUUCGAGACAACUAGAAAAUUAUGCGUCAAUGCCCGGAUGUACUUUUAAAAUUUUAUGUAUGUAUGUAUCUUUGUUACAGUUUUUAUAUAGCCUAAUCUGCCCUAAUGUGUGGAUAUCAAUGUGGCAGAGUUUGGACAUGAAUAUGUACAAAAAUCAACUGUCUACUAUUUUUUUAUUGUUACUCUAUUUGUGUAGCUCAGGUUUGUUAAUUAAUCUGUAUAUAAUAGAAGCAUUUUUAUUGAUAAAACACUUCUGUUGACGCCGAAUAUUUACAUGAAUAUACAGUAAAAUUUGAUAGGAAUUAGUGAGAAAUUGAAUAAAGAUUAUGUAUCAGUAAUAGACCAUAGUCAAAUAAUGAGAGUCGGUAGUAGAUAGCGAAAUAAGUGGCUCAUAACAACAGCUUAGGAUUUUUUUUUAUUAAAAUAUGAUUUUAUGGACUGAAUGUCGAAUGGCAGUAAAAAAAUAGCUAUUAAUGUUAAUUGACAGUACAUCAAUCUAAUAACGUUAUUAGCUUAUUUUUAAGCUUACAUAUGUAUAUUUUCGCCAGAAAAUGAAAUUUACAGAGUAUGUAAAAAGAUUGUCGAAUGUAAAUAAAUACAACCCUUAAGCAA